CGCCAAAAAGCAGUUUUUUAUUUGUUAUUUUUUUCAUUUUUCUUUUCAAAUAGAAAUUCAAAAUCUCCACACACUCUCCACAACCCAUCAAUCAAAUCUCCGCCAUGAAAGCCCUAAUUUUGAUCUCCAUCGUCUUUCUCGCGCUCUCCCCCAAAUCCUCCGCCCUCCAAAUCCUCUCCAAAUCCAAACUCGAAAAGUGCGAAAAGGCCUCGGGACCCGACCCGCUCGACUGCACCUCCAAAAUCGUCCUCGACUUGGCCGUCCCCAGCGAAUCGAGUGGCCGGGAGGCGUCGCUAGUGGCGGAGAUAGUGGAAGCCGAGGAGAACUCGAGCGACCACAUGCGAACUCUGCGGGUCCCGCCAAUCGUGACUAUUAACAAAUCCGCUGCUUACGCGCUCUACGAGUUGACGUAUAUACGGGAUGUUGCGUAUAAGCCCCAAGAAUUUUAUGUUAAGACGAGGAAAUGCGAGCCUGAUGCUGGAGCAGACAUCGUCCAAAUAUGCCAGAGGCAAGUAACCUUUUCGUUGCGAGAUGAGAAUGGUCACAUUAUCGAGCAUACGCAGCCGACUUGCUGUCCUUGUGGAGACCAACGCAGGGUCCCAUCAUCGUGUGGAAACUUCUUUGACAAGUUGGUGAAAGGGAAGGCAAAUACAGCACAUUGUCUUCGUUUUACAGAUGAUUGGUUUCACGUGUUCGGUAUUGGACAGCGCUCGGUCGGAUUCAGUAUCCGGAUUGAGGUUAAGACGGAAUCAAGGACAUCGGAAGUAAUUGUUGGUCCAGAGAAUAGAACUGCAAUAUCCAGUGAUAAAUUCUUGAGGGUGAAUAUGGUUGGAGAUUAUGUCGGCUACACUAAUAUUCCAUCUUUCGACGACUUUUACCUUGUUGUUCCUAGACAGGGCGGUCCGGGUCAACCUCAAAACCUGGGAAGCAAUUUUUCCAUGUGGAUGCUUCUUGAACGAGUGAGGUUCACAUUGGAUGGUCUCGAGUGCAACAAAAUCGGUGUCGAUUUUGAGGCUUUUAAUGCGCAGCCGGAUUUUUGCGCAGCGCCCUUUUGGAGUUGCUUGCACAAUCAACUUUGGAACUUUUGGGAUGCAGACCAGAAUCGGGUUAGCAGGAAUCAGGUUCCUCUGUAUCGCGUGCAGGGAAGGUUCGAAAGGAUAAAUCAGCAUCCGAAUGCAGGAAGUCAUGCGUUUUCCAUAGGGAUCACAGAAAUUCUCAACACAAACCUUUUGAUCGAACUAAGAGCUGACGACAUAGAUUACGUCUACCAAAGGAGCCCGGGGAAAAUUUUAGGUAUAACUGUACCGACUUUUGAAGCCUUAACACAAUUCGGUACUGCAACGAUUACAACUAAGAAUGUAGGUGAAGUUGAGGCAUCUUACAGCCUUACGUUUGAUUGCUCGUCUGGUGUGAGCCAAAUGGAGGAGCAAUUUUACAUAAUGAAGCCGAAAGAAGUAUUAACCCGAUCGUUCAAACUGUAUCCGACGACCGAUCAAGCAGCAAGAUAUGCAUGCAAAGCAAUACUGAAAGACUCGGAUUUUGGCGAAGUUGAUAGAGCCGAAUGCCAGUUUACCACUACAGCUACUGUUCUUGAAAAUGGAUCACAGAUUCCAUUUCAACCUCCAGAGACUAGCGUACAUGGCUUUUUCGGCUCGAUUAAGGAGAUGUGGAGAAGGUUAUGGACCAGUUUAGCAGAUUUUGUCACCGGAAAGAAUUGCAGAAGCAAGUGCUCCGGAUUUUUCGACUUCAGCUGCCAUAUACAGUAUGUAUGCAUGAGCUGGAUCUUGAUGUUCGGUCUGUUUCUAGCGAUCUUUCCAACAGCUGCAUUGCUUAUCUGGCUUUUGCACGAAAAGGGGCUUUUCGACCCGAUAUACGACUGGUGGGAGGAUCACGUGUGGACUUUCGAGUCGAAAAAUAGAGAUUCCGAUCUUUCACUCAUCCACUUGAAGAGAAGAAAACACAGGCAUGAACAAAGGCAUCAUAAUCAUAAUCAUCAUCGUCAUAAAAAGCACGAAACUCACAUGAGGCGGCCAUUAGGGGAAGCCGAUUACAGCUAUUACUUGCACCAUGUGAAUAAAGAUAGGCACAAGCAUGCUAAGCACAAGCGCCCGUUUGUAUCUGAACGAGCUCACUUGAACAGAGUCGAGUAUGAGAAGAUGGGGCAUCAUCACAGGAGAAGAAAAGAACGCCAUUUGGUGGGCUCGGGUGAGAGCAGCGUAAACCGAGAUGAAUAUUCGAAGAACAAGAAGUUCGUGCGGGAUGAUAGAUAUUGGUAGGGUGUGAAAAAAUUGUGAUUGUUUAUGUGAAAUAAGAAAAUAGUAAUAGUUGAAACUUUUAUGUAUGAAAAAAACAGAUGAUAAUUACACUUACAAGAUGUAAGUUAUUGUGAGUAUGAUAUCAAUUUUAUAGAUUGAACCAAUUAAACUUCUCUUGUGGUCAAUGAGAGAACACAAUUGGCGAUCAAGCUCCUUAGAUCGGUCGCAAAUUAAUCUCUUGACAAGACAUGGUGG